GUUCCCGCCUGUCGAGUGGAGCGCGUCUGUUGGUACCACGGCAUCACCCUGACCUCGACCACACGCAAACGCCCCAUUUGGCACCACAGUUCCAUAGCUACAUCGUGCGUCGACAUGGUGCUGCGCAGUUUGGCUGCCCCGCAAUCAUCGUCAUAAGAUGCCGGCUACGACGAGGCGAUCUAGCUAUGGCUCACCGCAAUCCAGCCGCAUCGCCGUACGGCCACCAUCAUCACCCUCGGCGCUUGAUUCGAUCAAGCCAUCUCCUAGCAAUCAUCGACCGCAGAGGCGAACAAAGUUGUCAGAGGCUACACAACGCUGGGGCGCCUUUUCUCUCUCCCCAUCACCGCCGCCCACUAUCUCUUCCUCCGCGUCUGCUCGCCCAACUAUUGAGAAGCAAGCCAAUGGCAGCGGCUCUUGUGCUGUAAUUACGAUAGAUGAUGAUGACGACGACGAUCAGCAGCGGGGGGAAGAAAGCGAAUGGGAGCCAGAAACGCCCCCUUUACCUCCCAUUUGCCAGCCAGAGGUAUCUCCGCUACCACUCGAGCUCAACAACGGAGACGAAGCCGCAUACAUGGAAGUCUCAUUCGACUGCCAGACGCCAACACCCCCGCCAGAAGAGCCUAGCAAGCAGCACGUCGCCGAGACUUCGCAAUGCGCAACAACAGGAGGUCAUGCCUCUCCGCCACCCAAAGAUACCCGCAACUCUCCCUCCGCCUCCUCCUCGCCCUCAAUGGGCUCCCCGACGCCUCCCAACGAAGAGGAGCCAGAGCCCGCAGAGCCACGCAAAUCCAUCUUCGACAUCCAUGACCAAGAAGAGCAGGAUGCCAUGCUCGCUCAGCUACAGGCUCUUUUGCCUGGCUCAGAUGCCGAGGCGAGCGACUCCGACAAUGAUGAUCUUGACUACGAGGAGAAGAGGAACAGGAGGUUGAUGAAGAACAAGGCGAUGCUGCUUCAGCUCGGGCUCACGGCAGCACAGUCGGGCAGGAAAGAGGAUUCGCGAGCUUCAUCUGCAGGUGGAGCAGAUGUUGCAUCGCCUCUGCACGCUGGAGUCGCCGACGAGACCAUCCAUGAUGCCGAUGACGAAGACGACAAUCAUGGUGAAGGGCCUUCAACGCAACCGAGGCGCAAGCGUGGUCGUCCCUCGAAAAUCGGGAAAGCAGCAGAGCGAUCCGGACGCCGCAGUCACACAGCUGCGAACAAGCAGCAUGCCCGCUUGUCACUCAAGUUGGCCGAAGACGGGACUACCACUUCCCUCCCCCUGCAGGGCACAGAGCACGAGCUGGCGUACAUCUAUCUGCUCCCACCGCGAGCAAGAGACCCUUUCAUCUUGAUUGAAAACUUCCUCGUCGAAGCGCCAAAGCCUCCUACUCCGCCGCCGCCCUCGCCUUCCCCUUCUCCACCGCCUCUCGUCGUCUCCGCCAAGAAGAUGGGGAAGCGUAAAGCGGCGGGAGAGAAGCCGUCCAAGCUCAUCAAAAAUCAGAAGCGUCUCCUUUCCGCCAAUGCCAACGGCGUUGAAGUCGAAAUAACAGGCCGCUGGACCGCGAGUGGCGCCUCCCUCGAAGGCACCUCCUGUCACCAAUGUCGCCGCAAACGCGACUACCCAAUGAUGCACUGUCGCAAAUGCCCUCUCCACUGGUGCUACGGGUGCAUGGAUGUGCGGUACGGUGCCUUUGACCCUGCAGACCCGACGGACGCCCCAUACGAGGGAUGUGUCGAUACUUGGAACCCGAGCGACACGCACUGGCGUUGCCCGAAGUGUAGGGGGAUUUGCAAUUGCAGUCUCUGCCUUGUCAAGGGGGGCUAUAAGGAGCUGCUACAUGGGCCGGGUGGCGGAGAAGGGCCGCCCGUGCCUGUUACGCCAGGGGCGAAGAAGUCUCGCGUCUCGAGCCUCAGUGCACAGAUUCGCGGCCCAAAGUUGGAGAGGGAGCAUCGUUCCGUACGCCACUUCCUCUUUUCUUCCCUCGGCAUUAUCAAGACGAACAAUGCCAAUCUGGGCGACGAGGAGGUGCACGUGCGAAGUGAUGAGGAGGGAGUGGAGCCUGUGGGCGACCAUCCUCUGGUUGGGAAUAGACAGUCGACGACGCAUAGUCUGGCCAAGCUCAGGGAGAGGAUUGUGGUAAUCAAGCGACUUGCGAGGGAGGAGAGAGCAAAGUGGAAAGAUCGAGAGAAGGAGAUACGAUGGGUCGGCGUGGAUGAUUAUUCUGACGAGGAUGAGCUGGACCCAGAACAAGAUUCAAGGACCUCUUUGCCCGUCAAUGCCGCUGCUGCGCCACUGGGCCCCUCCAAGUACAGCCACGUCAAGCGCAUCACCCUUCGCCUUCCCGCACGGCCCUCAGCGCCUGCACGCAAGACGUCCCGUCGGCGUCGCAAGUUCUCUGCUCCAGCGGCGAGAGGAGACGGCAAUGAAGACCUCACAGCCGCGGCCAUCUUUGCUGCAACGCAAGGUCCCACCCUCUUCAGCGAUGCUGGUAGCUCGCGUGAGGCCAACGUCUGGGUCAGAGGAGCGAUGGAUGUCGGUGAAUCUGAGAGUGAUGGCCUGCUCACCGACAUCGAGGAGGGCGAAGAGGGCGGAGCGGUCCAAGAAGUCGAGCAAGCUGACGACGAUGAUGAGCAGGCGGAGAGAGGCGAGGACCAGGAGGAGGAGGAGGAGGAGGAGGAAGACGAGUUGGUGGACGAAUCCAGCGACGACAACGAUGUAGAGGACGAAGUUCUCUCGCGCCAUGCAGGCCAAACCUCAAGACGCCCCUCCGCCUCUCUAUCUAUCCUCUCUUCAGGUCUCUCGGAUCCUCCUUCCCUCACGCCUCUCUCAUCGAGGCAUCCCUCGCCCUCGGCGCAGCAUCAAGGCGGACACGACGACAGCGGCAGCGGCAGCGGUAAACCCGACGGCAAUCAUACUCAGCGUCAGCGCUACGGCCUUUUGCCGAUCCCCACCUCGACCGGCGACGGUCCUGCUGCUUCUCCCUCGUUCUUCUAUAACGCCAUAGCGGACGUGGCAGGGCAAGAAGCGCGAUCAAGUCGACCUCGACGCUCCGCCGUUGCUAGUCACGGGCGCUGAUCCGGCUGUGUAAGAGCGAGCAAGACAAGGAGGUAGCGAUGGCGAUCCAGUGCUGCGCUUGAAAUCAAGAGAGCGGGACGGGUAUGUGCAGAUGGUCACAAAUUUGAUCGUAUGAGAUGACGUAAUUGAACGGAUGACAGUGGAUAUCGAUGUUG